AUGGUCAAGUUCUUUCUGCUCCCUGCAGUGUAUAAAGUCUCCAGGCUGAAGCUGCAGCCACCUUUUUGCCUGUUAUUGGACAGCUCUGGAGCAGCCGUGACUAUGCUGAGAGUGUCGUCGUACCGCAAGCUGUUUGAAGAGGAGCAGUGGAGCCAGACUGCAACAGUCAGUCAGCGCUGUGGAGCCCAGCUCCUGCGCUCUUCUGGCAGGGGUGGAGUGUUGCUGAUGGAGCCAGAUUUUGCUGCAGCUCGUGCUCUAAACAGGGAGGGUGUGGUGCAGUUCGCCCAAGAGCGCUCCAUAAUCGCCGCCCUCAACGAUCGCCUGGCCAGCCUUAUCGAUGUGGCACGCUGUCUGGAGGAGGAGAACGAGUCUCUGGAGUCUCAGAUCAUUGAACUGGAGAAGAGACUGGGAGCCAGGCCGAGCUCCUCCACCUCCCUCAGCGACAGCCGCCCCGCGGACUCCAGCCUGGAGGCCGUCAUUGAGAGACUACGCAGAGAAAAGGAGAAGAUUUUAUGCGACACAGAAGAGCUGAAGACAGAGCUAUGGACUGUGCAGACAAAGUAUGACAAGGUUGUGGAGGAGCGGAGUCUCAUCCAGCUGGAGCGUGAGGAUGUUGCUGUGGAGGUUGAUGAAGUCACUACCGACUGCCUAGCACUCGGAGAACAAGUGGCCAUCUAUGAAGAGCAGCUGGCUGAAAUGGAAAGACAGCAAGAGCUGAGGAUUGAGACCCUGUCUGAACCUCAGACUGGAGAUAAGGGAGCUCCUACUGUGGCUUUGCAGUUCCCCUCCAUUGACAUCACUCCAGCCAUCAUGGAUAUCAAGGAGUACUACUGCCAGCUGGCUGAUAGCCUACAGUUUGAGUCUAGGGCCUCUGCAGUUGCCGCCAUCACAGCCAGAGGGGAGGAGAAGGGGAAGCAAUUGGAAAAACGGACUGGAGGGGAAAUAAAGGAUGUCUCCAAAGUGACUGACAUGAAGGCUCUGAAAGAUUUGAUUGCUGAACUGCAGAAGGAAGUAGCUGAGCUGGAGAAGUACAGUGAGGAACUGGAGGCAGAGAUUGAAGCAAAGAGAGAGGCUCAUUUUCUGAAGAUAGAGGACCUGGAGGCCUGCAUCUGCCAGCUGGACGAAGAAGAAGCUGACCUGCAAGGCCAAAUAAAAGAGCAGACUGAAGACUAUGAGGAGCUACUCAAUGAGAAGAUGGCACUGGACAUAGAAAUUGCUGCCUACAGGGGUUUGGUGGAGGAGGAGGAGGAGAGACUUUGCUACCUGUGAGUGGACAAGAGUGGGGACAGAGAGAGAGAGACCCAGACACAGACGCUCUCCUGUGGAUUGAUGCAGAAAGUGAAAAGCUAAUAUAAACUUACUUCAGCCGUAUAAGUGAGUCAGACAAGCUAAAAAAAGGCCAAGCAUCAGACACGCAGUCAUUUGAGCAAAUGCAGACCUCCAACAACAGAUAAAUGGCAUCUGGUCUGUCUUUCCAGACCAUUGAUAAUGCUUGCAACAGUCAGUGGCAUGUAAUCUCAGGUCCUGAAAGACAGUCCUGAAAGUGCAGUGUGGCUGUGGUGGUGGGAGGUUCUGUAUCUGUAUCUAAGAUGAGCAUCCAGAAUUUUCAAGGCAAGAAUCCAGUAUCAGGGUUUCUGUCUGAGAUUAUGCCUUAGAGAUCUGUAGGUCAGAAUCACUGGCCAACUCACACCCUCACAAUCUUCUACAACACAGCUCAUGCGCACACACCCACUCACUUACGUAUGGUUCUGUUGAAUCGCCUGCUGAUUCUCAUCACACCACACUCAAACUCUGACCAAUUACAUCCUCUUAACCUUUGUCCUAGUCUGCACUGUCCAAAACACUAUUGGAUGACUCCUGAUAGUAAGCCUUGUUUAUACACACUCAAGCCCUGAAGCAGCCUGUUUCAGGGAUAUCUAUUAUAGUGUCCAUUAUUUCAUUUAAUUGGCUUGUUUUGAUGUGAAUUCAUGUUGUUGUUUUUUUUUUAUUUCUGCAUUGUUCAGUCAUUGAGAUAUAAACAAAGUCAUUCAGAGUGGUUUGAUAUGAAAUGGUUUAUUGUAGAGAAACUUGCUAAGUUCUGGAGUUCUUUACAGGCUGCUGAUGGGAACCAGGGAUUGUGGUGUCUACAACACAAAACACAGCAAUUUUAUUUGGUGUAAAAAAUGACCAGUGAACUUAGGCUGGUAAUGGUAAAAAUGGUGUUAAAUCUGGGUACUAUUUGUCCUUGCAAUGAUCUGCAUGCAUUUCAGCCCAAUGCCUAACUGCAAAACUAGUGUAAAACAAUGUUUGUCUUCAGGCCACAUAUCUGUAAUCAUUUUUGUGUAAUAACUUUUGGGAUGACUUUACAUCUGUAAGUUUGGUUCCCUUAAUCCAAAUUGUCCACAUAGUUGCAUACUAGUUCUUGUUCACGUAGCGUUCAGGCUCACAUAUUUGAUACUGAACCAAAAGUUGUAAAUACACAUGCAGUUAUAAGCAGAAAAAGUCACAGUUGAUUGGCCAGAUUUUUAUCAGAAUCAGAUUUCUUUGUAUGUUGACACUCACAAGGAAUGUAGUUCCAGCUGUUUUGACGUAUAUCUGGCAAUCUUUUGGAAUCGUGCUGUACUCUAGACUAAAUGAGUUUGUAGAUUUUAUCUGUCUUGUUUUUAUCUUUGUCUUGUCAUAUUAGAAAGCAACACACUGAAAGACUGCAUUACUGUGGUUUUCCCGUGGAGUAAAUUCAGUCUUGAGUCAUGCAUUUAGUAGAAAAAUAGAUUACAUUUUUCAAAAAUAGCUGGUUUUGCAUCUUGUAGUAAAAAAAUGUUACCAACAUUUUAUUUGGUAUACAUAAUCCCCCCUGUCCCGCUCCCAACUGUGACCAGAUCUGAAUUAUGAGGUCACAAAGGUUUGACUGCCCUUCAUCAAAUUAAGUAAAAAUAAGUACAUUUUUAUACGUUUAAUAUUUAAAUACUGUUUUUCUGCUAAAUUUAACAUACUGAAAAAAUAACAUGUGAAAUGUGGACUGUGCCAAAGGUAUGGCACAUUUGCCAUGUUGUUUUUUGCCCCCAAUAUGUUAAACUGAGCAGUAAUCGUGCAAUAAAAUUGGCAGAAAAAUGUUAUAUUUAAGUUUGCCUCCUGUAGAAAAUGCGUUCAUUUAUUUUUACUGCUUAUUUUAAAUUACCAGUAUAUGUAAUUUGACUGGGGGUGUGAAGUUUUCCUAUGUCUACAAACAAGCUAACAAUCUUGGUCAUUGAAAUAACAUUGCACUAAAGAAACUCCUGUUAAGCUAUGGUAUGAAAUAACACCAGCUACUCAAACUUUAGACUUCUACUGUCAAAACAACUUAACUACCAAAACGAUUCUAUGCACAGCAGUAUUAGCUUGCUGGUAGCAGUACUGACCUAAUUCUGAGCAUCUGGUGAUGCUCAGAGGAAAAUGUACGGCAAAACAUAUCAAUCAGCUUAACACCAUACUGCAGAACGACGUCAUGACUUUAGAAGUCUAUGUGUGUGUAUACGGAGUAUAACAGCCACUUUGAAUGUUCCUCAGUCAGUUUUUAAACUGACUCUAUGCAUUUGUGAGUGUCUAGAGAGGAGAUGACUGUUCAUUCUCUGUAUGGUCCUUAAAGACGGCUUUGGCCCAUUUUGCGUUCAUACUUCAAAGAAACUGCUCCAGAGUCCACCUGGAAGCAGUCUGAGACUGACCUCCUUAGGGGGUCUCAGUCAGUUUAUCUGGCGUGCACCACGGUUCACAUUUGUUCUAACAAAGUGCGGAACUGGAGUAAUCGCACUAGGUAAGUUUGCCAAGUAAGAGCACAUCGUUAAAGAUAUUAAAUGGUUCCUAUCGAAAAGUUCUCAGUGACUCAGUAAGUUUCUCUAACACAGCACAUUUCACAUCACAAUUAGGCAGACCUUUUAAAAAAUUGGUGGAUCUCCCCUUUAAGGGUGCCUUUACAUACAAAUAGUAUCUUUCAAUAGGCUUGAGCAUUUUUCCUGACUGUUUAAGUGCCUAACAUAAUGAGCUUGUUAAAAUCUAUGAUUAAAUCAUUUGCUCUGUCUAAUUCA